AUGACCGCCGUCACUGAGCGCAACCGAUUCACAGAAAUCGUGUUCGCGGCGCUGUUGCUGUCCGCGUCGCUCCGCAUCUGGCUCGACCUGCGCGUCCACGCACCGCGUCCCACCGAACUCCCCUGCCGCAACGACGACUCGCUUCAGCCGGCCGACCAAUCGACGUCCGCCGCGUCAGCAUACAUCAACGACAGCAUCGUAGCGCUGCCCGGCCGCGCGUGGCGGUUACCAGCGGGGGUGGCGUGGGCGUACGGCGGGCUGGGCGACGGCAAGGUGGACCCGGCGCGGUUCCGCCUGCACGUGAAGGUACUCGUCUUCGACCGCCCCGCGUACGCGCUCCGCUGCCUGCGCGCGCUGGCGGCGGCGCUGUACGACGCGGAGCCCGUCCAUCUGGACGUCUUCGUCGACCACCCCUUCGCGCUGCGCGCCGACGCCGCGCCCUGGUCGCCGCGCGCCGCGAGACGCGUGGCGGCCUCCCAUUCCCUAAUGGCGCAGAUCGACGCGUUCGCGUGGCCGCACGGGCCGAAGCGCGUGAUGUACCGAUCGCAGAGCGCAGGCGUGCAGGGCCAGUGGGUGGAGGCGUGGUGGCCGGAGAGCCUCGCUGACGUGGCGCUGAUGGUGGAGGACCACGUGGUAGUCUCCCCGCUGUACUACCGCUACCUGAAGCGCCUCCUGGCGCGGUACUACUUCCGGCGCGCGGACUUCGACCCGCACGUGCUGGGCGUGUCGCUGCAGCGCCAGUCCUUCGUGCCCGGGCUGGGCGCCGACCCGCUCCCCCCGCUGGCGCACGGCGCGCCGUUCCUGUACGCCGUGACGGGCACGUGGGGGCAGGCGCUGCUGCCGGGGCCGUGGCGGCAGUUCCGCCUGUGGCUGGACGAGCGGCGGUACAACGGCAGCCGGCAGCCCCUUGUGGGCGGGCUCAAGACCACCCAGUGGUUCCGCGACAAGGGCAACAGGAGGUGGUCGCCGUGGGCCAUCAAGUGGGCGCACAGCACCGCCAUGCUCUCACUCUACCCGCCCCUCCCCGCCAACCUCUCCCUCGCCUUCCCCCUCAAGCGCGCCGCCCCCCCCUCUGACGCCCCCCUCGUGCCGCUGCUCCCAGGGAUGGGGGCGGGUGCGGGUGGGGGGAGCGGGGGAAGCGGGGGAGGGGGCGGGGAGGGGGGGGGUGGAGGGGGCGGUGAGGGCGUGGAUGGAGGGGCCGCUGCCAGGCAUGGCGCGCGUGAGGCGCUUCGACCUGUGUGCUCGCGAGCUGCCGCACCUCCCCGUGGGGCACUCCCUGCCCGACCUGCACUCCCUCCUCUCCGCCGUCGCCCAGGUGCACCGCCCUGCUCUCUGCUCUGCUCUGUCUUGCUCUCUGCUCUCACUCCAGCGCGUCGCGUCUCAUCCCAUGCCUCGCCAAAGACUCACUCUCUUCCCUGCUGCUCUCUGCCCUUCCUUCCCUCCCCGUCUUCUCCCCUUCCCCCACCCCCUGGCAUGCAGGACAAGCGGGUGUCGCUGGUGGUGGUGCCGAUGGGCGGCAGGGACGAGGUCAACAACUGGCUCUGCCACCUUGACGGCAGCGGCCUGCGCUCAUUCGUCCUCAUCGUCCCCCAUGCCAGCCUGGCAGCUGAGCUGUCCGCACGUGGCUUCGCUGCCUUCCAUCUGCCGCCACUCAGCAGGCGCCAGGUGGCACAGGGGCUGGGACAGCUGACAGCGAGGGGAGGGGUGAAAGCAGUGAGGGAGAAGGAGGGGUUGGAGGAGGAGGAGGGUGAGGAGGUGGAUACUGGCGGGCAAGUGGAGGGGGAGGGCGAGGGGGUUGAGGAGGAGGGUGCAGAGGAGGGAGUGGAGGGAGGGGGGGCGCGCAGCAGGUGGACGGCGAGGCACAUAGAGGUGGUGGUGGCAGCGCUGUCGCAGGGCUUUGAUGUGUCCCUCAGCAACGUGGACGCCGUGUGGCGGGGUGACCCCAUGGCCACUGAGGCCCUCGGGCUCAUCCCUGCUGACGUGGACAUGUGGGGCCACCUUGACACUGCUGAUGUGGCAUCUAGCUUCUUUGUGAUUCGUUCUCGCGCCGCUACAGUCUCGGCGUGGGGCCAGCUGGCUAAGCUGUGUGCGCAGGCGCCCAAGGGGGGAAGCAUGGGGGGCUUGGACAAGGUGGAGGUGGGGUGUGGGGAGCCGGGGAGUGGCGUGCAGCAGAAGCAGAUGCGGGUGCUGCUGACUCAGGCAAUGCAUUUCAGGGAGGUGGAUUCGAUACCCUUUGGACGCGAUGGCGCAGUGCGUGUGCCCAAGGGAACGUUGCUACCUGCUCUACUGCCACCUCAAUUCGCAACAAAAGGGAAGAAAAUCAGAAGCCCGGCCUUCAAGCGCCCGUGGCAUCGACCGCCGCCAUCGCCGCGCGGAGUGAAGGCGCUGCGAGUCCGCGCCGCGCUGAGCCUCGAUGCCGCGCGAAACACCGCGGCGGUCGACCCCUUCUCGUUGCUCUCUGCCGUUCCGCCGCUCCGCGCGCCGUCUCUGGAGGAGGGCGCAAUGGGCAUGACGAUGAGGGAGAGCCUCGCCGUCGCGGUCGAGGCGGCAGGCGGAACCCGCCGGGCGGAAGAAGGAUAUCCGGGCGCGGCUUGCGCUGCUGACGACGCGCCACUGACGCCCAGCCGCCUGCUGGCCCCAUGCCCCGUGACCCUCCGCGUCCCCUCCCCUCCCUCGCUUUUCCGCCAUCCCGCACUCCAGGCGUCCCGGCUAGGCGUGCUCUUCUUAUCGGCCGCUGCGGCAGCAGCGGCGGGAACUAGCAUGCCCGCGCAGGCCGUGCAGGCGGAAGCAGUGCGGUCGGAAGCCGUUCAUGCGGAAACAGCUUGGGCGGAGGCAGUGCAGGCGGAGGCAGCAGCGACAGCAGUGACGGCACCCGAGGCAGAAGGCCAGAGCGCAGAAGUGGUGUGGCAGCUGCCGCCUGUAGCGGUGGUUGCUGCUACAGCUGUGCCGGCUGUCGGUCCAGGUGGCGGCAGUCGUUCUCCACGUAAGCAGACAGCUCAGCAGCACGUGGCCGCGCUGGAGGGGCGCAUGCAGCGGAUGAUGGCGUGGGUGCGCCAGGGCAGGCGGGGGCGGGCGGAAGAAACGGGGGAAGCGGGGCGCGAGGGGCGCGAGGGGCAAUCAGCGGCUGCGCAGCAGGCCGAGCUGCGGCGGCGAGUGGCGGGGGUGGUGGAGGGGCGCAGGGCCACUAGGCGGAAGCAGCGUGGGGGAGGGGGGGGUGGGGAUGGCUCAGGGGGGCGAGGGGCAGUGGGCUUGGAGGAGGAGGGCAGAGGAGUGGGAGGAGCGCGGUUGGGAGAGAUGGGAGGAGAGGGAGUGCGGUUGAGCGACGGUCCGGAGUGGCUGAAGGGAGUGGCAGAGCAGUACGGCAUGGCGCUGCCGGCAGCUGUGGGGGCCACCAGGGGUGGGGCAGCCACGGCCGCAGCUGCCGAUCCGGCAGCACCAGCGGCGGCGGCGGUGGUGGCGGGGAGGGUGCUGGCGGCGCUGAGGCAGGCGGAGCAGUCCACUCGCGCUGCACCAGCACACCCCGCCACAGCACCCGCCUCCACGCCCGCGCCCACCGCAGCAGCCCCUGAGAGCAGGGCGCAGGCGCUGCAGGCGGCGCUGUCACCCCUGGAGCAGAAGCUGGAGGAGGCGGAGGCGUCUUGGCAGCGGUACGAGGCGGCGGUGCAGUGGACGGAGGGGCGCCUCUCAGCGCUCGCCACGCUCGCCCUCACCACCGCCACCCACCCGCCCUCAUCCUCCCUCGCCGCAUCCCACACCCACCUGCUCUCCUCCCUCGCCUUCGCCCAGAAGCGAGCAGCUGAGGAGGAGCAGCGGGUCACCCAGCUGCGCCAGCAGCUCAGCAACAGCCGCAUGCUCUCACAACCCUCCUCUUCCUCUUCCGCAUCCUCACCCUCUUCGCCCCUCUCCACCGCACUGCCUCCUUUCCAAUCUACCAUAGCGCAACCUGCGCCCCCAUCUCUCCUGGCCACCCUGUCAUCAACACCAGCGCUCCCCCCCUCCUCGUCGCUCGCGCCCCAACGACCGGUGCCGCGCUCGCUGUCGCAGCCGUCACGGGCGCUCUCCCACGCCUCAUGGUGCCCCACCGAGGCUGCUCACACCACUCAGCCCUUGGCCCACGACAGCACGAGCCUCGCCAGCACGCAUGCUGCCCUGAGCAUUCUCCAGCAGGCGCCAGUGCUGGUGGAGGGAGCAGGUGGGGGCGAGUGGGCGAGGGAGUUUGUGGCGGAGUCGGUGGCCAGGGAGCUCAGCAAGCGCCGCACCGCCCAUGGCCAUGCCACGUGA